GACUGAAAAAGAAAAUGCCCCCAGAGGUGCCUUAUUGCCGUUCUUUUGUAACUCCAGUACUAGUUCGAUCCUUGAGUCCAGUUUCACCUGAGGCAAAACAAGAGUUACCUACUAGCCAUAAACAUUGGGAAAGAACCAAAAAGAUGAACUUUUCCAAGAAAAAAGUCAUCCCUUUUCUUGUUUUGAUCCUAGCAACAGUUUCGAUCCUCAGACUUAUUAGAAUCACAGUUACUUCGUAUUCUUCUUCUUCUUUGCCACUGCCUGCUUUUCCUCCUCUCCAGAAAGAAAAAUGUUCUUCGCCUUCAAAAUCUUGUACUUAUGUUCCAUUACACGCAUCUAUGUCCUCCACAAAUAGAAUAAGUACUUUAGCAAACAUGACUUGGCAGACAGAAAAAGAAUUCCAACUCCUAUCAAAUCUGGUUACUCGUAGAGCUCCCUGCAACCUCCUCAUUUUUGGGCUUGAACAUCAAUACACAUUCCUUGCAUCAAUCAACGCUGGCGGUACCACCAUCUUUCUAGAGGACGAUCCUGAUAAGCUAAGAAAGAUCAAGAUCAAGACAAAGCUCAACACUACAAAAAUCUACAAGGUUGAAUAUAAGGUACCUGCAAAAGAUGCAUACAAACUGCUAAAGCAUGCAAGAAAAAGCCAGGCUUGCACAGUGAUCUCGGGACAGCUUCAAAUGUCAAAAUGUCGACUGGCAUUGAGAAAUUUACCACAAGAAGUUUAUGAUCUAAAAUGGGAUGUGGUGGUCGUGGAUGGGCCUAGCGGAAAUGCACCGGAGGCACCAGGUAGGAUGGCAGCAAUAUAUAGUGCUGCUGUGAUAGCAAGAAAUGGGAAUGAUACGAAUGCAGUCGUACAUGAUGUGGAUAGAACAAUUGAGAAAUGGUUCUCCUGGGAGUUCUUAUGUGAUGAGAACUUAGUUUCUUCUAAAGGUAAAUUGUGGAAUUUUAGGAUCAGAGGUCAAUUGAAUUCUACAAGGUUUUGUUCUUUCGAACCAGUUAUACUAGUUUAAUAGCUUCUCUCUUUUUUCCCCUUAAUUUUUUUGUUGUUUUGAGAUGUAAGUACAAAGAAAACAAGUUCAAUUCAAAUAUUCAAGCAAGAAAAGUCUAAUAAAUUA